AUGGCGAGCGGAAAGCUGACAGAGGUGGACCACGUCUCGCUGCACCACGAGCACCGCGCCGGCGACGUCGAUGAUCACCCCAAGCCCUCGGCCGAGGCCGAGAGCCGGGGCCUGCGUCCGCCGCCCAUCAUCGCGGCCAUGACGCACGAGUACCGCGCCGCGCUGGAGAGGAAGCUCAAGCGCAAGGUCGACCUGAGACUGCUCCCGAUGAUUGUCAUCAUGUACAUCCUAAACUACAUCGACAGGAACAACAUCGCGGCGGCGCGGCUGGCCGGUCUGGAGCGCGACCUCAAGCUUGACCCCAACUCCAGCCAGUUCCAGACGGCGGUGAGCAUCUUGUUCGUCGGCUACCUGCUCAUGCAGGUGCCCUCGAACCUGUUCCUCAACAAGAUCGGGAAGCCCGCGCUGUACCUGCCCACCUGUAUGGUCGUCUGGGGCGUCAUAUCGGCCGCCACGGCGGCGUGCCGCAACUACGCGGGCCUCCUCGCCAUCCGCUUCCUCCUCGGCUUCGUCGAGGCCGCCUACUUCCCCGGGUGCCUGUACUACCUGAGCUGCUGGUACACGCGCGAGGAGCUCGGCCUGCGCACGACGGUGCUGUACACGGGGUCCCUCAUCUCGGGCGCCUUCUCCGGGCUCAUCUCGGCUGGCAUUACGGGCAACAUGGACGGCGCCCGCGGGCUGGGCGCGUGGCAGUGGCUGUUCCUCAUCGAAGGCGUCGUGACGGUCGCCGUGGCGUUCGGGGCGUACUUUGUGCUGCCCAACUUCCCGCGGACGACGUCGUGGCUCGACGAGGAGGAGACGGCGCUCGCCGUCUGGCGGCUGCAACAGGACAUUGGCGAGGAUGACUGGACGAGCAGCGGCGAGCAGACCUUCUGGCACGGCUUCAAGACGGCGCUGGAGGAUGUCAAGACAUGGAUCCUGGUAUGUAUGAGCAUCUCCCGUUCCCUGUCUUCACUCAUGUACACCGUCCCCCGCCACCCUUUCGAAGCACGAUUAACAACCGACAAGCUCGUCCUUGUCUUCAGCAUUGUCGCGUCGGGCUCCAUCACCAACUUCUUCCCCACCGUCGUCCAGACGCUGGGGUACAGCCCGGUCGUCUCGCUGCUCCUCACGUGCCCGCCGUACGUCCUCUGCGUGAUCACGACGUGCCUCAACGCGUGGCACGCCGACCGCACGGGCGAGCGGUACCUGCACAUCGUGCUGCCGCUCUGCGUGGCCAUGGCGGCCUUCAUCCUCGGGGCGGCGACGCACACCACCGCGCCGCGGUACGUGUCGAUGAUGCUCAUGGUGCCGGGCAUCUACACGGGGUACACGACGGCGCUCGCGUGGAUCAGCAACUCGCUGCCGCGGCCGCCGGCCAAGAGGGCGGCGGCGCUGGCGUUCAUCAACGCGGUCAGCAACUGCAGCAGCAUCUACGCGAGCUACCUGUACCCAAAGAGCGACGGGCCGCAGUACACGGCGGCGUUCGUGCACAACUGCGUCGCGUGCUUCGUGGCCGUCUGCGCGGCGACGGUGCUGCGGACCGUUCUGGUCCGGUUGAACCGCAGGCUGGAGAGGGGCGAGUUCGUCGAGGGGGCCAUCAACGCGGCGCCGGGCGAGGCGGCGGCGCAUGGGUUCCGGUUCAAGGUGUAA